CCUAUUUGGCAGGAAGGGGCUGUCCUCAUUUAACUAGGAAGGAAAAUGGUAGAAAGGAAAGUCAGACGGCUUCAGCAUACAGAGUGAUUCCAACAGUUUUUUCACUGCCUCCGGACUCACUUUUUGUGAACCCUAACGUGGCAGAAGAAAAGCAGCAGCGAUGGCUGAUGCAGCAAAGAUCAAGAAAACUGCAGUCAAGGUGCUGUUCUGCGUAGAGAAGGUGUCCUCCUUUGCCUCCUCCAUCGACCCCAUCUUUGGCAUAGUCUCGUCCCUGGUUGGGGUGGCUCGCAAAGGCCUGAUUACUGAGGAGGGCCACGCUCUAGACAAGGAAUUCCAGCCACUUUACACCAAACUGGAGAGCAUCUCUGAAAAGAACCAACAAUGCCUGAGGCAGAUCCGCAUCGACGAGGUAAACGAAACAUACGGCAAGUACGAGGAGUACAUCAAGCACCAGUACACUGCCUUCAACAACAUGGUGUUGCAGGUGAAGAAAGAUCCAGACAACACAGAGCGCUACAUGAAGACCUUUGAGAAGAUUUAUGAGAGAGACAAGAGUGACAUGAGCCUGGAUGUGUACUACCGCGGUGUGAUGGGUACCAAGUUGCUGUUUGGAAGACCCCUGCUAAAGGUGUACCUGGACAACUGCAACGGCGACCGUGAGAUCAUGGAGCGCCGCUGUUCACACAUCACCCACCUGUUCCACAUGGGCCUCAUCGCCCUCAUGGCCUACACAGCUGUUACAGAGGAUGACGAAGACGAAGUGCGGGAGAAGUGGAUCAAGAGGGUUGAGGACAUCCAACAGAAGAUGCAGGAGGUGCUCAGUCAGUGCAAAGACAACUCUUCCUGAACAUGGACCAGCAGAGAGGACGUCUGGGAACAAGCUGUACUUUCACCUAUGGACCAAUGAAAAAAGACAAAAUAGGUUAUAAUAUAGGCCUAUAUAUAUUUCUAAAUAAAACCAAAGCCAUGCUUUUAUUUGUGCACUUCUUGAGCUGCACCUGAUAUUCUUAUUGCAGCAUUUGAGUUAUUGUAUCAACAUUGUAUGUCAUUUGUUGUUUAAAAGAGACCACUAUAUGUUUCAGUUGCUACUUGUUACAUGCCAAUGUAUGCUGAAGUUUUAUACAAUCUCUUCAAUUAAAAUGUACAUAUUAUUAGUCGAUAAAAUUGAAUAUAAAUGAAAUUCAUUUCAUCCACACUAACACCAACAAUCAUUAAAUUGUCAUAAGGCUGUUUAUAGGGGCAUAGCUCUGAAUUCAACAUUAAUUCAUACUUUGUAUCCAUACAACACACUAAAAACCCCAUUCUGGAAAAAACUGCUCUCAAUACUUCUGUUGAAUAUACCUUACUUUACAUGAAACCAAACCACUUUCAAGAUACCAGGUAAACAAUAAACUCAUAAAAACUA